UCAUUUAACUUCUAGAGGUUAAGGAUAAUGGUAGCUAGCAAAGGCAAAACUAUAGGAGGAGUACAAUGUUUAUUGGAAACUCUAAUCAUCGUUUGAACUUUAUGUUCUGUAAAUCGACACCAGUCAUCUUUUUCUUCGGAUCAAGUUUGGCUUGGAUGGGAGCCUUGUCAUGAUAAUUUGUUUGGAUAGUUGAGUGGUUGUCUGUUGGUGCAGGAAUCAGCGUUCCCCCAAGCAGGCGGCGGCAUGUUCAUUUCAUCGAAGUUGUUUCUUGAAAUUUUCAAUUGUCAGCUUCGUACAGUGGAGAAGAGGCUUGAUUUUUGAAAAUAUAACAUCAUUUCUGUCAAGACCUCUGCCCAGGUUAACCAUUCACCUAUUCAUCGAUUAUCAUGCUACCUUUAUCUAUACCUCGUAGACCGUAACAAUAUACUAACAACCAAUAGACAAAAACACUUGAAAAGAUUAGCAGCUCCAUCCCACUGGAUGUUGGACAAAUUGUCCGGUACUUACGCCCCAAGACCAUCUGCUGGUCCACACAAAUUGAGAGAAUCCUUACCAUUGGUUGUUUUCUUAAGAAACAGAUUGAAGUAUGCUUUAAACGGUAGAGAAGUUAAAGCUAUUUUAAUGCAAGAACACGUUAAAGUCGAUGGUAAAGUCAGAACCGAUGCUACCUUCCCAGCUGGUUUCAUGGAUGUCAUCACUUUAGAAGCUACCAACGAACAUUUCAGAUUAGUUUACGAUGUUAAAGGUAGAUUCGCUGUUCACAGAAUUACCGCUGAAGAAGCUUCUUACAAAUUAGGUAAAGUUAAGAAGGUUGCUUUAGGUAAAAGAGGUAUUCCAUACAUUGUUACCCACGAUGGUAGAACUAUCAGAUACCCAGAUCCAGUUAUCAGAGCUAACGAUACCGUUAAAAUCGACUUGGCUACUGGUAAAGUUACCGAUGUCUUGAAAUUCGAUACCGGUAAAUUAGCUAUGGUUACUGGUGGUCGUAACUUGGGUAGAGUCGGUGUUAUCACCCACAGAGAAAAACACGAAGGGGGUUUCGAUUUAGUCCACAUCAAAGAUUCUUUGGAAAACACUUUUGUCACUAGAUUAGGUAACGUUUUCAUCAUUGGUAACGAAGCCGCUAGACCUCAUGUUUCUUUACCAAAGGGUAAAGGUGUUAAAUUAUCCAUCUCUGAAGAACGUGACAGAAGAAGAGCUCAACAAGGUUUAUAAGCUGGCUCUUGCAUGCUUAACUAGCUAAUGAAUAUAUAAUCUUAUCCUUCUAACGAUUUCUCUAAUUUGUACAAUAGACUUAAUAAUUUAUCGAA